AUGGAUAUGGGCAUUGUUGGCAUACCUUGCCCUCUCUUUUCUGCUUUGAACCCACACAACAAGUCAAGAAGAUCAAGGGGAGCCUCAGAGAUAUACAAUCCCUUCGAGAAGAAAGGAUCUUCAGUUGUCAGGAGCUGCUUGAAGAGAAUCCGUUCACAGAAUCCCAAGACCUUCGUGGUCGAGGAAGUAUGUGGCAUCUUGAAAGACUUCGACCCUUUAUUUGAGGGAGACUAUGCAGCCUACAAGGUACAGCACCAGAGACGAAGGCUGAGCCACCCCAAGGGGUCGCAGGAGAGGAGCUGCAGCAGAUGGGCGAGGAAUCAGACACCUUCUCAGCCACCCAAGAAGCCAUCCAGACUGAGGAGCCUGACGCACCCAUUUUGGAGCUGCAGGCCAUGGCGCCGGAGGAGCCCAGGCAGAGAGAGAUCGAAGUAGCAGAUGACCACACAGAGUUAGAGGAGGGAAGGUCGCGGAGGAGACGCAAGAAAAAGGAUUACAAUGAUGAGGGGCAACAGGAGCAGGAGAAGCUCCGAAGACGGCGCAAAAAGGAAGGCGAAGAACAAAGUACAGCGCCAGAGACGAAGGCUGAGCCACCCCAAGGGGUCGCAGGAGAGGAGCUGCAGCAGAUGGGCGAGGAAUCAGACACCUUCUCCGCCACCCAAGAAGCCAUACAGACUGAGGAGCCUGACGCACCCAUUUUGGAGCUGCAGGCCAUGGCGCCGGAGGAGACCAGGCAGAGAGAGAUUGAAGCAGCAGAUGGCCACACAGAGUUAGAGGAGGAAGAAACAGAGGCCAAAGAGGAGGGCGACGAGGCGAAAAAGUCGCGAAGGAGACGCAGAAAAAAGGAUGACCACUUCUUUUCGACGUCUCCAUCCAGAGAGGAUGGAAACCAGGCGAAACUCCACCGAAGACGGCGCAGAAAGGAGCAAGAUCCUGGAGUGCUUGAUGACUUGGACAUUUAAAACCUAAUUGGCAAAUGGAGGUUUUGUACAUACAACUCGUACGAGACUGCAGAAUUGCAGGCCGUGCAAAGCGUGGUGUAGGCUGUUCAGUUUGCUUGCGACCGUGCGGAAAAAAUCCUGUACAUGAUACAAUGCCCCGAAUCAUGACACGCGC